AUGGCGUCACACUCAAGGACGUAUACUGUGGACGAAAUAUUGGAGUAUUUAGAUGAUAAUUUCGACAUUCCCGAUGAUGGCUUGAACUCAGACAUUGAAGGGUUUGAAGAUGAAGAAUCCGACGACGAUCAGGGCAAUUUCUUUCCAGAUCAUGACAUGGAAAUUGGUGAUAAUGAAGAAGAAGUUACUUUGGCUGCAGUUGACAUUCGAGAAUCACCUGCUGCUGAAGCAAGUGCUGCUAGAGGAACAUUUAAAGGGCUUCUGCAAAUGGCGUCACACUCAAGGACGUAUACUGUGGACGAAAUAUUGGAGUAUUUAGAUGAUAAUUUCGACAUUCCCGAUGAUGGCUUGAACUCAGACAUUGAAGGGUUUGAAGAUGAAGAAUCCGACGACGAGCAGGGCAAUUUCUUUCCAGAUCAUGACAUGGAAAUUGGUGAUAAUGAAGAAGAAGUUACUUUGGCUGCAGUUGACAUUCGAGAAUCACCUGCUGCUGAAGCAAGUGCUGCUAGAGGUAGGCCAAGAAAUUCAUGUGUAAAUGAGUACGAGUGGAGCAGAAAAGCAAGUGAUGUGGAUAUUCCAGGAUUUACUCAGCCUGUAGGACAAGUGAAUCCGCUACCAAGAGGUAGUUUGGUUCUUGAUUUUUUCCAGCUGUUUAUUGAUAACCACAUUCUGGGAAUUAUCAUAAGGGAAACAAAUCGCUAUGCCCGCCAGACAAUGACACAGAGGCAAAAGGAUCCAAAUUCAUGGAAAGAGGUUUCUUUAGAGGAACUGAAAGCUUUUCUUGGACUUCUUAUUGCCAUGAGUAUUCACCGGGUACCUAGUUUGAGAGAUUACUGGUCAACUGACUGGGUAUUAGGAGUCCCAGCUUUCUCAAAAGUCAUGGCCAGGGACAGAUUUUUAGACAUAUAUUACAAUAUUCAUUUGUGUGACAAUUCACAAAUGCCCCAACGUGGCGAUGAAAACUUUGAUAAGCUGUUCAAGGUGAGGAGUUUUAUGGAGAAUCUGAACACAAAGUUUAGAAUGAAUUACAAUCCUCAUCGAGAGCAGGCAAUAGAUGAGGCCAUGAUCAAGUACAAGGGGCAAAUAUCGUUGAAACAGUACAUGCCAAUGAAGCCCAUAAAGAGAGGCAUAAAAAUGUGGUGCAGGGCUGACAGUUCUAAUGGAUACCUGUGCGAAUUCUCUAUAUAUACUGGGAAGUCACGUCAAGGUGUUGAACAUGGACUUGGAUACACUGUAGUUUCAAAUUUGUGUCAGCACAUAAAAGGGAAUUGGUACAUUAUAUUCUGUGACAAUUUCUUUACCUCAGCAAAGUUGAUUGAAGAUUUGUACCAGAACAAGAUUCUUUGCUGUGGUACCCUGAGGUCAGGUCGCAAAGGCUUUCCAAGAGAACUGUUCGACAAAGCUGCCAUAAAACGCAUGCAAAGAGGGGACAUUAUUUGGAGAAUGAAAGGUCCCAUGCUGGCGUUGACAUGGAUGGACAAGAAAGCUGUGCAUGCAGCAGGCACAAACCAAAAAGCUCCAUCAGAUGACCUGCCAACAGUCAACAGGAGGAAGAAAGAUGGCACUGUUGAGCAGGUUCCCUGCCCCGAAACAGUGUCAUCUUACAAUGCCCAUAUGGGGGGUGUCGACAGAAAUGAUCAGAUGAAGUCCUACUACACGAUCCCUGUUGCAGGGAAGAAAUGGUGGAGUAGGAUCUUCUAUGAUUUAAUUGACAGGGCAAUUUUCAACAGUUUUGUUCUGUAUCAGGAAUCCCCACAUUGCGCGUCAAGAAACCUGAAGAAAUUUCGAAUUGACCUUGCCAAGCAGCUUGUUAGCAAUUUCUGCUCACGUGGAAAGAGGGGACGGCCUUCUGAUGAAGGGCCCCAGCUUGCUCGCUACAUUGAGAGGCACUUCCCAGACUUCUUGCCCUUAAAUGAAAGUGGCAAGAGAAAGGAAAGAAGAUGCAAAGUGUGCUAUGACCGGGGAAUAGUGAAGAAGACCAGCUACUUUUGUCCGGAUUGUGACGUCGGCCUGUGUGUGGCACCUUGCUUCAGAGUGUUCCAUCAGCCUUGA